AUGAAGUUCCUCAAGGUCGGCCGUGUCGCCAUCAUCACCCGAGGCCGCUAUGCCGGCAAGAAGGUCGUCAUCAUCCAGCCCGUCGACAACGGCAACAAGCCCCACCCCUUCGGCCACGCCGUCGUCGCCGGCAUCGAGCGCUACCCCUCUAAGAUCACCCGCCGCAUGUCCAAGACUCGCCAGGAGAAGCGCUCCAAGGUUAAGCCUUUUAUCAAGGUCAUUAACUACAACCACCUGAUGCCCACCCGCUACACCCUCGAGCUUGAGGGCCUCAAGGGCUCCGUCACCGCCGACACCUUCAAGGAGGUCUCGCAGCGCGAGGACGCCAAGAAGACGGUCAAGAAGGCCCUCGAAGACCGCUACACCAGCGGCAAGAACCGCUGGUUCUUCACCCCUUUGAUCAUACGGGAGUCUUCCGUUAUGGUCAUGGGAGUUGGCGGGAUGUAA